UAACCGCCAUACGACGUGCUGGUAGUCAUCAUAGAUACAGCCGUUAUUGCUAUAUACUUGUGUCACAGUUCCAUCUUCUUUGUCUCUGCUUAGCUCCAUUACUCUAUUCCAACCUCACUUCAUGUCAAUUUGACAACCUCAGUCUUUGUUGCAACCGUGAUGAAAUCCAUCCUUAUCAUAGGUGCGACGGGAGGGCGAGGCAGUGCUGUCAUCAACGCCCUUCUGGCGCGCAACGCCAAGUUCGACAUUCUGGCAGUGACGCGUAAUACGUCCUCUGCCUCAGCACAAAAGCUUGCCGCCAAGUCUCCCAACAUCAAACUUGUUCAAGGCAAUCUGAAUGAUCCCGAGGCCCUGUUCAAGAUUGCCGAAUCUCUCGUCGAUGAGCCUAUCUGGGGCGUGUUCAGCGUUCAGGUCUCACGGGGCAAAGAAGUAGCUCAAGGCAACGCCCUCGUUGACACAGCCUUGAAACAUUCCGUGUCCCACUUUGUAUACUCCUCCGUGGACCGUGGAGGGCCCAGGAGCUUCGAGAACCCGACCGACAUCCCCCACUUCAUUACCAAGCACAACAUCGAGCACUAUCUCGUGGCUUCCACAAAAGGCACAGAGAUGAAUUGGACCAUCCUCCAGCCAGCUGCAUUCAUGGAGAACUUCGGCAACAACUUUAUCGGCAAGCUCUUCGCGAAAACCUGGCAGGUGUACCUAAAAGAAAAGCCAUUGCAACUAGUCUCUAUGAUCGACAUUGGUGUCUUUGCAGCGGAUGCAUUCCUUGAUCCAGUGGAAUACAAAUCGAAGUCUUUGCCACUGGCUGGCUCUGAACUCACGUUCCAGCAGGCGAACGCGAUCUUCAAGAAGAAAACUGGGAAAGACCUGCCGCUGACUUUCUCUUUCAUAUCAUAUGUGCUAAGGUCGCUAUUCAAGGAUCUCGGGUACAUGUUUAGAUUCUUCAGAGAUGAGGGAUUUGGAGCUAACAUUACGGAGCUAAAGAAGAUGCAUCCAGGUCUGUUGGACUUUGGCACUUGGCUGGAUAAGGAGAGCAAAUACGAAACGAACAAAUAAUCGAGCGUAAGGGGUGUUUUGAACAAUUUUCUCCUCUUUAGUCUGCAAGCGUGUAUGGAUAUCAUUUUAGGGUCUGCUACCUUUCAUGCCUUCA